AUGGCCAUAGGAAUCUCCCUUGCCGUAUCCAAUGCGAGAUAUGCGUUAAGUUCGGUACCUAGUGAUAGCGGAGUUGCUGCACAAAGCUGUAAGGUUUCAGAACCGCUCACCAAACACCCGAUCAAAGAUAGAACAAUGGAGCUAGUGGGGAGAAAAUCGCGCAAUCGCGACAGAUCAAAGCCAAUGAUAAAGCCUAACAUAAAAAUACCCCACUUCUUACCGUUACAGGGCGAUACCACCCUUUCUCUUCUCGGGUUCGCUGUAUUUACUCUACAUUGA